AAAAAUGACGGACUUGAGUGAUGCGAGUAAACUUCCUCCUGGUUGGGAUGAGAAAUAUGACCCAAAUUCUGGGCUAUAUUUCUACAUCAACUACAUCACAAAGACCACCACCUUCGACGAUCCCCGGAUAAAACACCGGCAAUCUGUGUCCACGGGCACCGGUACGAAUUACGGCAACUCCACCGAAUCAAUCCCAAUGCAGCCAUUGCAUGGAUCUCCCUACCAUGUUUACCCUGCAAACAAUUACCCUGCAGUGCAGCCUGCAUUCCAGGGACCCGCGUCCGGAGUGCACAGUCACUCCGCGAGUCCCCUGUUAGCUGCCAAGAUUCAGCAAAUGGAAAUGUCCCCAGUGACUCGUCCCGCCACUCCGCGCACCAAUGCCCACUUCAGUCGUAGCAACAUCCAGGAGACGUCCUUCUCCAACUCCGCCAUGGACACAGAGGCUUCAGUCGCCAAGAUCAACACCAUGUUCCCCACCGUGAGCGACACCCACAUUCGCCUGCUUCUGAAGAAGUACUACAAUCGCGAGGCGGUCGUGAUUAGUGCCCUGCAGGUGGAGAAGCAUCCCAUCACGACUCCCGGACCCUAUUCAACUCCGCCGCCGACGAAUCGUCACUUCCACAACACCGCUCUGGGCUGCACGGCCAUCUUCCAGAUGACGCCGCCACUCAACAGGGACUUCUCGAGGACUGGCAGCCCAAUUCUGCGGCCCGGAAGCUGUGCCAGCGGCAGCUAUGGAUCACCACGCUUUGGCGAGGCUUUCCGCAGCUCUCCGAAGCCCCACUCGUCACCAAAGAUGAAGCUUAGAUACCUGAAGAGCAUUUACCCGAAGGCAGAGGAAACCCUCUUGCUGGACAUCCUCGCGAAUGCCGACAACAACGUGCAGAAGGCGUCUGAGGAGUUGACACAGAUGGGAUAUGAAAAGAAGGACACCACGAUUCCCAAAGUGUCGAUGCGCAAGAAGGAUGAGGCGAAGAAUGAGAUUAAGAACAGAAUUGAUCGAGCGACGCCUCCUCAACUUCCGCCGAAGCUCAAGACGAGCGAAGAGAAGGCCAAGUUGAAAGUGCGCCUGCAGUCGCAGUAUAAGGACAUUCCGGAGAAGAUAAUUGCCAUGGCGCUGGAGAGUGUGGAUUAUUCUGAGGACAAGGCACUUGCGAUUCUCAAUAUUGUCGUGCAGGAGGACGACAAGAAUGCCAAAGCAACCGAAAAUACACCGGCGAAGGUGGAGAAGAAGGUUGCCGAGGUUCAGGCCACAUCUUCAGCUCCGAGCCGAAGCAGCAGCACUUCGUCGGCCAAGAGACACGGCGAGAUAAGCAAUAAAAUAAGUGUUGCACAAGAGCAAGAGUGUGAGAGUGUUGAUGCACCGCCGGCACCGUCAUCCUCAUCGACAGCCGCCUCGCCGUCCACCAAGGAGGCGUCCAGCGACGAUGUGCCGGCCGUUGAGGAGAUCGGCAGCGCGAAGAGGCGCCAGGCGAGGUCCAAAGCCAAGAAUGACCAUACAAAGGCCGUGGAGACACAGGAGGAGCCAGACGUGGCCAAGAAGACGGACUUCAAGUCAUUGACACCGCGCACAGUGACAUCGGGUCCCAAUUCCACGCUAUCCAAGGGUCCCAACGACGAACUUCUCCUAGUUGACUACGUGACGUGGAACGGCGCAAAUCCCGACCUGGCCACAGGUCGGAAGCAAGUGGCGCUGGGCAGUGAUCCGAAGAAUCGCUCAGAGCGAUCGUACGUGCCAAAGGGAGCCAACGCUGAGCUGUGCAAGGGCCCAAGACCGGGCCUGGCGAAGGGUAGCAUCUAUUCACAGUUAACCAAGGGCAUUCCCGCCGGAGCCUCCGUGAUCUGCAACUAAUCUCUAGUCCAUGGUGCAAGAAAUACUCUCUAUUCACCCACUCUGAGAAUCCCGAGCCAUUUCAGUGGACCGUCCGCCAAAGAUUGAUUGAUUGUGAGAAGGAAGAGCCCAGGAGGGAGGAUAUUUAAUCGAGAUUGAAUGUAAUAAUGUUUGUUUGAGCGUCUCGCUGUGUCCUUUUGUCCAUUGUAGUUGAAGAUUUUAAGAGAUAACUCGGUUUCUAGUCCCGCGAGAGAGUUUUUCACUCUCCUUUUCGUAGGAUUUUUCCAUUGCAUGCCACAUUUUAGAGAUGAAACCCCCCCUUUUUUGGCGAGUGUUAAAGUACCUCGAGUUUAAAGGAUAAAAAAACAUAACAUGUCUCUGUGUAUAAAUGAUGUUAAUAAAUCUAUAGAUGAAUCUCUAGGUCAAAAAAGGAUUUUCUCAAAACUGAA